AAAUCACCCUUAAAAAAAUUAGAUGUAAACCUUCUCCGUACCACCAAACACAAAAUCCUUCAAUUGUCUCUUCCACAACAUUCCCCUCUUUCUCCACCACAAACAAAAGCCUUAUGGAGGCACCAGAAUCAAAGCCAAAGCCAAAGUCGAAGCCAGAAUCGAUUAUAUCGAAACUUGCUCUGUUUUCUCCUAAAAAAGAAAUGUCUACUUCCCCUGUUCAUCACACCAUAGUCUCUGUUCCUUUUCAAUGGGAAAAAGAACCAGGAAAACCAAACACCAUUAAUCAACCAAUCAAUAAACCAAAAUCCUUGGAGCCACCACCAAGACUUUACUCAAUUAACACACCAUCACCCACAACUGUUCUUGAUGGACCUUAUUAUCAUAACAACAAGAUUUCAUCUUCUUCAUUUCGAUUCUUGAAAAAUAUCAGUAAAACACCAGAAACAGAGCAUUUUGUGAAAAGAGGAAAUUGGUGGCAGAGGAAUAUUAAACGUAAGAUUAGUAGUAAUAAUUCUUCUGUCUUUUUAUCUUCAAUGGAUUCUACAGGUAAAAGUUGCAGUGCAAGAAUGGCAAGUUUUAGAAGAAAUGGAAGCUCUUCUAAUCUAUAUGCUACUAAGUCCAAUAUCAUAUGGGCAAAUAUAUAUGAGGGUUUUAAGAAGGCCAUACCAUGGAAGAGCAAUAAGUCAAAGAAUUAUUCAUCUUAUAAAUUUCAACACCAGCAGUCAAUUUAAUCUUAAUGGAAAUUGUAAGAGGGCUAAUCAUGUUCUAAACUAAUUAAUAUUCUUAUAAUGAGAGUUUUUAUAAAGUAAUUAAUAUUCUUAUAAUGAGAGUUUUUAUAGUGUACUAUUUGAGUUAGUUCACUUUUAUAUAUGGGGGCCUAACCCUAUUCUUCCUUUAUUAGGUAAUAAUGAUUUUGUGAC